AUGAGCGAAGAUCUCUCUCUCCCGCGCAUUCUCUGCAUCCACGGCGCCGGCGUCAAUGCCGCAAUCUUCCAAAUCCAGUGCCGAGCCAUCAUAGCCAAGCUCAAGGACAAGUUUCGAUUCAUCUUUGCCGACGGCUUCCUGGAAGACUAUGCGCACGAGACCGUUACCUCUGUCUACGGCGAGUUUGCACCAUUUAAGCGGUGGUUAGCUUACAGAGAAAAUCACGAGCCCCUGGACCCGGUGGCUACAUCCCAGAGCAUAGUAAAACAAAUCACCGACGUGAUGGAGGCGGACAAGGGUACUGGCGAGUGGGUGGGCUUGUUGGGCUUCUCGCAGGGCGGUAUCAUCUCGUCGAGUCUGCUCUGGGCUCAAGAUCACAUCGCGGACGAGUCCAAGAGACCGCUGCCUGGCAUCAAGUUCCGCUUCGCGGUCAUCAUGGCCGCUCCUGGGCCCGUUGUGCACAUCGACCGGACUGGCACUCUUACUAAGCCGCGGCAUUUAGCCCACGCCGGCGAGGUCCUGUGUAAAUUCACCGACUUCCCCGACGAAGACCAGGAAGACGAAACGCACCUGGUGAUAACGCCGACACUGCACGUUCACGGGCUGCGGGACCCAGCUCUUCCCCUCCACAAGAAGCUGUACAAGUAUAGCAAGAAGGGAACUUCGAUGUUGCUGGAGUGGGAUGGAGACCACCGACUGCCGAUCAAGUCGGAAGACGUAGGGCGGACGGUGAGCAGGAUGCUACUAUUGGCUGAGAAGACUGGCAUGGAGUUUUACUAUGACGACGACGACGCCUGGUGA